GCUUUGGGCUUGCGUUCUACGUGGCCGUGGCAUCGUUCGGAAGCGUCUCCGCAACGCUCAACCCCUGCACGAUGUUUGCCAAAUGGAUCUGUGGCAAAGUCACCACCGAAGAAUGGAUCGUGCUCUCGGUCGCCGAGUUUAUUGGGGCCUUUAUAGGGGCCUUUCUGGUAUGGCUGACGUACUUGGGGCACUUUAGUCUUAUUCCUGAGGUGCCUGAUAAUGACGAGAUGAAGCAGAUUAAACUGGCGCCUACGUCUGUACGAGAGGCAUACAUCUCUAAUCCCAAAG